AACAAGCACGGUGCAACCGGUAAAUCAGAUGCAGCUCUUUUCUGUUUAAAGUCUUAAAACUCUUCUGUUUGGGUGCACAACUUCUACUUACCUGCGCUUCAUUUCACAUAAACGCCACUGUACCCGACUAACCUAAAGCAACUGUUGAUGUGUUGGUAGAUCCACAGAGACGACCAAUCAUGACGUCACUGGGGAGCAGCAGUUCCUCAGCCACAGAAUACAUUGUGCGAGUCCCAAAAAACACCAGCAAGAAGUACAACAUCAUGGCUUUCAAUGCAGGGGACCGAGUCAACUGUUCAACCUGGACACAGGCUCGUAUGGAAAGAGACAUGAGUGCUCGGCGGAUAUAUGGGGAGGAGGAGGCGGUGGAAGGCGCAGCUGGCAGUGAGUUUGGCAAAAAGCAGCGUGAGGAAGCGCGGCGGAAGAAGUUUGGUAUCGUGACACGUGAGUUCAAAGUGGAGGACCAGCCCUGGAUUCUCAAGGUCAAUGGCAAGGCCGGCAAGAGGUUCAAAGGUCUGAAGAAAGGCGGUGUUACAGAAAAUGCGUCCUACUACAUCUUUACACAGUGUCCCGAUGGAGCUUUUGAGGCUUUCCCCGUGAACGGCUGGUACAACUUUACACCGCAGGCCAAGCACCGAACUCUCACUGCUGAGGAGGCUGAGGAGGAGUGGGGCCGGAGGAACAAGGUGGUGAAUCAUUUCAGCAUCAUGCUUCAGAGACGUCUGCGGGAGCAGGAGCGUGGUGAGGAGGAUGAAGAUGAGAACGAGAAGUCGGGGAAGAAGAAAAAGAAAGGGGGUGGGAGAGGAGGGGACCUGCGCAUUCACGACCUGGAGGACGACCUGGAGAUGAGCAGCGAUGACAGUGACAGCAGUAUGGGGGACGAUGGUGAGAGCAAGACGAAGAUGAAGAAAGAGACGGGGAAAGGCAAAGGAAAGAAGAAAAAGAGAAAGAGCAAUGACAAAGAGGCCUUGGAGGACAGCGAUGACGGUGACUACGAGGGUCUAGAGGUGGAUUACAUGUCAGAUGAAAGCAGCUCAGAUGAAGAACCAGAAAAGGGAAAGCCCAGCAAAGGAGAGGACCUCCCUAAAGGGAUCGAUGAAGCAUCUGAAAGCGAGGAAGAGAGUGAGGAGGAAAAACAGAAUGAAGAGGAAACAAAAGAGGAGGAAGAAGAAGAGGAGGGAAAGAAAACCCCGGUCCAAAUGGAAAAGAAGAAGAAAAAAGACAGCAGCGGCGAGUCGGAAAGCUCAGACGACAGUGAUAUUGAGGGAGAGACGGCCUCCGCUCUAUUCAUGAAAAAGCGCACGCCUCCUAAACGUGGAGGACGUGGCUCCGCAGGCAGCUCCAGGACAGGCAGUCGCCCCGGGACACCAUCCAUAGACUCUGCCUCCACCUCCAAUACACUCCGUGCUGCUGCCAGCAAGCUAGAGCAAGGUAAGAGACAGACUCAGGGUCCCAGCACCGACUCGCCAGCGGCCAAACGGCUGAAGUUGGAGCCCAGCAGUCAGAGUCCUGCUCCCUCUGGGAAGAGUACACCUCAGCCGGCAUCUGGCAAAUCCACUCCGAGCUCAAGUGAUGUGCAGCUAACAGAGGAGGCGGUCCGGCGCUACCUGAUCCGUAAACCGAUGACCACCAAGGACCUUCUGAAGAAGUUCCAGACCAAGCGCACAGGUUUGAGCAGUGAGCAGACUGUCAACGUGCUGGCACAGAUCCUGAAGCGCCUUAAUCCGGAGCGCAAGAACGUAAACGACAAAAUGCACUUUUACCUCACUGAAUAACCGAUGGAAGAGAGGUGAGGAGGGGCAGGGGCGGAGAACAUGAAGAAGGGAGGGAAAGGCUGAAAUGAACCACUACAGUCAGAACCAUGAUCCCCUGGAAGAGAAGUUUAGGAUCAGAAGCUGAAACAAAGGUGGCAUUUAUCAAAAAGUAUUUUGUUAAGCAUUGUGGAUUUGUUUUUCAUACCUCUCACAUAAUAGAAACUUUGUUAAUGUUGAGUGAAAACAUCUCAAUCUCUAUGACUGCAGGAUGUAAGUUUCUCUAUGUGUGAACAGUUUAACUUAGAAAUCAAUGAAUGAAACAAGUCUUUAACUUGUUAUUCUUAUGUAUUUUCUUUUUCCAAUAAAAUGUAAAAUCCGC